AUGGAGAGGGAAGAGAACAAAAGUCUAGUUAAUGAAGUCUUCUCUUGGUCAAUCCAGAAGAUUCUAAACAAAGACAUCUUCAAGGAACGUAUAAGGACGAUACCAGACAAGUUCUGGUCCGUUGGCGAGUACCUCAACUGCUUUGUUCCUCAUCUACUAGAGGAAACACGAACAGAGUUGUGCUCAAGCUUGGGAACUUUGUCGAAAGCGCCUGUCUUCUACAUACAAUCCUUGGAGGCAAGAAGAAUCAAAGAAACUAGUAGAAGAUCAAAUCAUUUCAAUAUAUCACUGAAUGUUGGAGGAAAGAGUGCAAUGUAUGAGCCAAAAUGUGGAGACCUCAUAGCUCUCACAGAAGCAGGAAGGCCAAGAAGCAUUAAUGACUUGAACCCACUGGUUCUUGCAUAUGUGUUCUCUGUUGAAGAUGAGACACACUUCUCUGUUCACUCGUCUUCAUACAUAUCCAUUGAUGAGAGGUUUCCAUUUGGCUCUGGUGUUUUUCUCAUGACUUUGACAACUAACACUCGUAUCUGGAAAGCUUUGCACAACGAAGGUGCUAACUUGAGUCUCAUCAAAAGUGUUCUUCAGGCUAAUUCAGAGGAUACAGAGCACUCUACUUCUUCUAGGACUUGGGGGAAUAAUGUAACGGAUAUAAUACGUUCAACGAACUUAAACUCAUCUCAAGAAUCUGCAAUUUUGAGUUGCUUGGAGACAAGGAGUUUUAGUGAGAAGACGAGUGUGAAACUGAUAUGGGGACCACCUGGUACAGGCAAGACAAAGACGGUCGCCACUCUUCUCUUUGCCCUUCUCAACUUAGGUUGCAAAACAGUUGUGUGCGCUCCAACAAACACUGCUGUGGUUGGAGUUGCAUCGAGGCUCUUGGCAUUGAUUAAGGAAUCUUGUUCAUCAGACCAUUCUACGUACGGGUUAGGGAAUAUUGUCUUAGCUGGAAACCGAGUCAGGAUGGGGAUAGACAGCAAGAACAAUAAUCUCCUCGAUGUGUUUCUCGAUCAUCGGAUCGGUAAGUUGAGUAAACUGUCAGUGUCAUUGACUGGAUGGGAACUGAGUUUGAGUUCUGUCAUAGAUUUUCUUGAGAAGGCCGAGUCUAACUACAAGACAUAUGUCUUGUCAAGUGAAAGGAAGAAGAAAGUUGAAGAUAAUAGAAGCAUUCUCGAAUCAUUUGGAGAGUUUGUGAAGAAGAUGUUUUAUGGAUCUAGCCAAGAUGAGUUGGAUAAGAAGAAAGAAAAGAUUCUUACAUUUGGAGAGUUUAUAAAGAAAGAGUUCCAUAACUUAAGCCAAGAAUUGGUUAAGAAGAUGGAUCUUAUGGUGGAUACGUACACACAUCUGCCUAAGUCUUUUAUAUCAUCUAAUGAUGUGAAGAACAUUAUCUCAGCCCGUCAAGCUCUUCAUCAUGCUAGGGCUUUCCUUAAGAAGAAUUCAUCCAGACAUGACUUUGAGAUUAGAAGGUUCGUAUUUGAAUGCCUCCAGCCUCUACGUUUACUUCCAAAGUGUUUUAGGAUUCCAACCUUGUUGGAAACCGAGGACGGAAUGAGAUUUUGCCUGCAAAAUGCAUGCAUAAUCUUCUGCACUGCCUCGGGUGCUUCUCAAAUGAGUGCUGAAAGGACAGGACCCAUAGAAAUGCUUGUGGUUGACGAGGCAGCUCAACUUAAAGAAUGUGAAUCAGUUGCUGCGUUGCAACUUCAGGGCCUGCGCCAUGUUGUUCUAAUAGGAGAUGAGCUUCAGCUACCAGCAAUGGUGCAAAGCGAGGUAUGUGAGAAGGCUAAGUUUGGGAGAAGCUUGUUUGAGAGAUUGGUAUUGCUUGGCCACAACAAACACUUGCUUGAUGUUCAGUACCGUAUGCAUCCUUCUAUUAGUCUUUUCCCCAACAUGGAGUUUUAUGAUGGGAAGAUCUCUGAUGCUGCCAUUGUUAAAGAAAGUGUCUAUCAAAAGAGGUUUCUUCAAGGGAACAUGUUUGGUUCUUUCUCGUUUAUCAACGUGGGACUUGGGAAAGAAGAGUUUGGUGAUGGGAAUAGUCCUAAGAACAUGGUUGAAGUCGCUGUGAUUUCUGAGAUUAUAUCCAAUCUUUUCAAAGCGUCAAGUGAGACGAAGACAAAGAUGAGCGUUGGGGUUAUUUCACCUUAUAAAGGUCAGAUUAGAGCAAUUCAAGAGAGGGUCGGAGAUAAGUACAACUCCGUAUCAGAUCACCUUUUCACUUUGAAUGUUCGGUCGGUUGACGGGUUCCAAGGAGGAGAAGAAGAUGUGAUUAUCAUAUCAACCGUGAGAAGCAACGGUAAUGGGAAAAUAGGUUUCCUCAGUAACCGUCAAAGAGCUAACGUAGCACUCACUCGUGCAAAGCACUGUUUGUGGGUGGUUGGAAACCAGAGGACUCUAACCAUGAGUGGUUCUGUUUGGACAAAGCUCAUAAGGGAGUCAAAGAGACGUGGAUGUUUCUAUGAUGCUGUUGAUGACAAGAAUCUAAGAGAUGCCAUGAAUGAUGCUAUGCUCAAGGUUGACAUGUCUGACGUGUAUUCGAGUUUUCAAUCUCUUUCGAUGAGGAGAGGGAGAAUGAAUGCUUGGUAGCUCUUUUAAAUCUUUUUAGGGUUUGUGAACUGUGAUAACUAGGAUGUGUAAUACAUUGGAACUGAAUCUUUUGCUUGCUAAACAAGUAACUAAUGUAGUUAAGCAAGAUUAAUGUUCACAUAAUAGAUGCAUUCCAACACUAAGAGAA